AUUUCACGUUUUGUACAUCUGAACGUGAGCGUGGAAAAGGACGUACGCCACGUUUUUGUGCGUACGCAACCUUAGUACAUGAGGCCCCAGGACCGUGAAUACGCCUUUAAGAAGCUUCUGUCACGUGUAGGAUUAAAAGGCGGAUGUUGUAUUGUUUACUUCCGUCAUCGCAUCGUCUCCAAUGAAAUCCUGGAGGAGAACGUCUAUCCCGAAUCAUCUAACCUGACUCAUUUUACCCGACUCAUCCAUUUCGACUCAUCUCACCAAGCCAUUGGUCUCACUCAGCGUUGCGUGGAGCAUGUGUUCAGAUUGAGGUCACGUGAAGGAUCCUGGUCGGGGUCCAACAUGGACGUGAGCAUCGCGGUGUCGCUGAUCCGGGGCCAGAUGGGCACGGUGGUGGAGCAAGCGGUGAAUGGGGCAGUUGAGACGGUCCUGGCUGAAAUGCUGCGCAUCGUGGGAGUGAAGUUCGAGGAGCUGAAGGCCCAGGUGGCCGCCCUGCAGCGGGACAAGGCGGCAGUGCAGCGGGAGAAGUCUCUGAAGGAGAAGGAAAACGACAAGAUAAGGGCCAUGCUGAGGUACACGGAGCUCAAGCUGAAGUACUACCGCCAGGGGGUUGAGGAAGAGAUCCAACAAAGGGCCACUACCUCGUCUCACCCAAGCAGCCAGAAUGGCUCUCCAUCCUCCACGGCCCGGGGCCUGGAGCCGCCGCCCGGGGAGACGGGGCCCGGCUCCGGGCUGCUUGACCGGACCGCCUCGGAGAACAGCCAAGUAAUCCCCGCCUCCCAGAGUGGCAGUCGGCCCAUGGUCAGAGUUAGCCACCAAUCAGAUGAAGGAUCUGAGGAUACUGAGCUGACCAACCAGACUGACCAAUCGGAUGCCCUGCCUGACGGGCUGCUGGGAUAUGGUGGCUCCGGCCAGGAACAUGGCUCAGAGGACCUGCAUUAUUCUGGGGAUGAACAUGCUUCUGUUCAUGAAAAAGAGGAGGAGGAGGACGGGGAUUGGAUAAUCAGCCUGCAGUCAGGUAUGCAGAGCGCGGCUCCAUCUGCUGGCCAUGCCCCCUUCCCAGCAGACAGCUCAACCCUGCCCUGCUCCACCCCACCUGUUCAGGUGAAGGAGGAGUUUCCUACCUUUCAGGAGGUGUUGUCCAUAAAGGAGGAGCCGGAGGAAGAACAGGUGGGCACUCUGCUGCUGGACUGCCAGGGUAGACCAGCUCACCUCCUGGGGCCAGAGGGUCAGCAGUCAGAAUUCUCUGGAGGCUCGAUGAUGCAGAGGAACCUUCCUGGCCACAUGGCUCAUGGUUUUAACUUCCCAGGGUCCACUUCCUGUAAUGACAACAAUCUGGUGGUCAGUAGAUUGUCAGCCCAAGCAGAGAUGUUUUUAGCCUCUGAGCAGAAACAGUUUGGGGAGCAUCAAGGUGUUUCUGAAGACCCGAUCCUGGGAAUGGGAGAGAACCUUCGCCCCUUCAGCCUGAAGUUGGACCAGGGGGGGGUUCCUUCUCUAGAAGACCCUCUCAAAGGCUUCCUCAGUACCACGCCAGAGACCACCCAGGACCAGGACAAAACCCAAUACCAAACCAGCAUCCAUGAGAGAAAGAACUUCUGCCUGGUGUGCGGGAAGCCUCAGGUCAAGCUGGCGCGCCACCUGAAGGUCCACAAAGGACACCCAGAGAUUGCCCUGGUGCUCGGCCUCAAACCGUCGUGUCAGAAACGGAAGGUGCUGCUGGAGCAGCUGAGGAAUCGGGGCAACUUCUUGCACAACAGUAGGGUGGUAGCCGGGGGCGCGGGGCUGCUGAAAGUCAAGCGGAGACCAAAGGAAGGCCGGACCAGGAGCUACGGCUGCUGUCGGUUCUGCCACGGCUCCUUCGUCAGUACGGACCUCUGGCGCCAUCUGAUGAGGUGUCCCUGUAGGAAGAACACUUGACAUGAGCUCUGACGCUCAUCUCCAAAUGACGAAAUAGUCAAAAAUAUUGUGGUGCCAAAGCUAGAUGAACCUAGCCAUGAGACCAUCCUGAUCACGUGACAUCCCAUGAGCUAUGCUACACAGACCAAUCUGGACUUCCGCCCACAUUGAUUUCCUGAAACCACAAUGUAAUCGGGCCGAUCAAGGUGUCGUAUAGGGUGGUUUGAACCAAAUUCGGUAGUCUAGUGCAAAAAAAAGAAAUGCCUUUCGCAGGUGCAUUUAUUUAUUUAUUUUUAAUGUGUGCUAACAAAAGCGAUUUCCAUCCUUCUGCUUAGCCUAGAAAGCUUUUGUCACAUCAUGCCUGAUGAACAAACUUUUCACACCUUAAAGUUAACGUGAUGAGUGCAUUCUUUAAUUUAUCCAUGUUUUGAGACGUUUUUUGAGGUUUCCCUUUUCACGGUGGUGGACAGAUUUCUUAAGUUACUUUUUAGCUUAUCUGUACUUUACUUGAGUGUGAUUCUUUUCUGAGACUUUAUACUUUUACCCAACGACAUUUCGUAGGGGAAAAUCUUACUUUUUACUCCACUACAUUACAAAAACCUGUCGUUCCUUUCCACGACAUGCAUGCAUGACUAAAGACACAGCUAACCAUUGCGGACAUCGUGGACCCUAAACAACAUCAAUAUUUAACCUAGAAACACCAUUUCAAGCCUAAAGGGUUACGUUAUACGUUAAAAUUAUUAAUCGUUUGAAAUAUGAUUGUUGUAUAUCAGGCAUUUAUCUGUGGGGACUCCCGUUUAUAUGGCUAGAGGCUAGUUACUUUCUACAUAUCCAGGUGUACUCCUGUAUGAUUAUUGCAAGUUGUAGUUCUACAUAAAUGUAAGCAUUUAUGUAUGCAUGAAUAUUUUGAGGAUUGUUUUAGCUCAUGUACCAAACAUACAUUGUCUGUGGCUGUGUCACACACACACACACUCACUCACACACACACACACACACACACACACACACACACACACACACACACACACACUAUUUAACAUUUCUUUACAUCUAUGUGGCUUUAUUAAAACAUAUUUUCAACCUCACUUUGCGCUACAGCCAACGCACAUUCUGCAGGAAAUGCAUUUUCUAGUUUCCAUUGAUAUCACUAUCAGAUAACACAAAUAGAAAACAUUGUAUUUAGAGUUUUUUUAUUUGACUGAGUGUAUAAAGGACAUGGCAAGACAUUGGAACUACAUUACACCAAACUACUUUUGAUACUUAAGUACAUCGAGUACUUUUAUACUUUUAGUCAAGUCCUUCCACUUUUACUGGAGUAAUAUUUUACACUAGGUAUUUCAACUUUUACUUAAAGGUUGGGUAUGGGAUUUGCGAAACGGCAGCAGAUUUUGAAAUCGCACAACUCAAAUGGUCCUACCCCCUCUCCUUCAACGCUGACUCUGACUCCACCCAUUCCAAGUACAUGGACGCGCAAUCAUCAACGAGCGCGAACACAGAUGCGCGAGAGCGAGCCAGGCUAGUUAGGUUGGAGUUUAGGGUUGUCUUCUAGGUCCAAAUGUGGAUUAGCUAGUUAGCUCGCUCCAGUAGCUACCACAGGAUAACAACUAACAGAAGCUUGCUCUGGGUCAUGAGCUUUGAGUACGUGCACGAAGGGGUCACGCGUGGGGAGGGGGAGUGCAGUACGACCGUUUGAUUGCCGUACUACUGUCCAAUGCCACUCGGUUGUUCUGGAAAUCAUUGGCUGAAGUUUUUUGAGCCCUGCCCGUUCCACAGAUGAUUGACUUGUUUAAUUUUCAUGUCAGUACUUCUAACUCCUUGGCUGCAAGUGGGUUAUGAUAGGGAUUUCCAGUAAUUUUGCAAAAAUGGCCAAAAAAGAGAAUUCCAUACCCAACCUUUAAGUACGUGGUCUGAGUACUUCGUCCACCAUUGUGUGUUCAAUACCCAAGAUAAAUUCUCUGGCUAGAGUCGUUAAAUAUCGUAUGCUAUUUUUGCAAAACAUAUCACGUUGUAUGUGUACAGUCCCAUUCAACUCAAUGAUUUAUUUUGUGGGAAAAACGAACAAGUCGUCACCAUGGACAACAAGGCUAAUUAUGACGCCAUGGUAUAUAAUACCAAUUUGUGCCUUAUAUGAUUAUUUACUUCGCAAGAAAGAAAUGUUUAUCGGUAGAAUGCCCUUUAGUGGCAGAACAUUUUACAACCACAUGCCGAUAGUGGCAUUGGCAAUUCAUAAGCCUCUGUUCAAAGUGUUUAGCUGCAUAGUAAAUAUAAUAAUGGGCUCAAUAUGAGCAUUACAAAUAAUAAGAAAUUAAAGUUGGAAUGGGGUUAUAGUGGUAGAUUGACAGCUCUAGUGUUGUAGUUGAUGACGUAUCCGAAUGUGGUUGAUCAUUUAAAAUACUAGCCAAACAGUGAUGGUGUCUCCAGAAGCAACAAGCAGUAACGUUAUCAUUAGUAGAGUAAAGCUACAAGGGCAGUGAUGUUUGGAUGAUCGUCUGAUGGGGGAUGUGGGUGGAGGUCCAGGCUGAUCCGUGUGGGUGAACUGAACUGUGAAGACAAGUGAUGAGGAUGGUCCCCACGCUCCAUUUAGCCAUAGUCAAAUGAGAAGCAUUGAACCAGCAGUUAGUUAGCCAAGAUCCAUGGAAGCUGAGAUUGACUAGUCAGUAAAGUAAGGGCGAUGGGCUAUUUGAGAAAGGCACGGUACUUCCUGUUGACUGGGUAAACUGAAAGCCAGAGCACUCCUUUAAGCUCAGAAAGCUCCUGUGACAAUUUGAAAUGGUUUGGAAUUUGUUCCAGCCAUUUCCACUGUUCAUAAACAUGAAUAAAUAAUUACUUUUGUA